AUGCUCUCCCCUCUUUCAUUACCACAACCAACCUCAUCCCUUCUCGGUCCUUCCGAACAACAACCUGAUAAUUUAUCGUCCAAUAGCGGAAAUUCAUCAUCGCUCAUUCUUCCUUUCCCGAACUUCAUGAAAUUCAGAAUUGUAUUCAUUCAUUUUCCCACGAUUCAAUUGAUUCCAAAGAUGUUUAACUUCACUGGUCUUCUCGAUGCUCUUGGCAUCUACGAACAUUUUCCUAUUACUCACGUUCUGCUUUUCAUCCUGCUCGCGACUUUGCCCGCUUAUCAUUUCUUCUUGUCCACCACCAAGUCCUCUCCCCUGUCACAGGAUGACGAAGAAGAUGUAGUGUCCUCUGGCGGAUUCCUCCCAUUCCUUCGUGAACUCCACGCAAAACAAGGUGACAUCGUUUCAUCGAAACUUUCCCUCGAAAAUACCAUAUCGGUGGUCGACCCCGCAAUAAUCAAAGCCACCUUGUCGAUCGGGGAUAGACCGAAGGACUUGUUUAAAUUUUUAGAACCAUUAAUUGGCGAGGAUAAUUUUCAAGUUUUCGAUACCGAACGAGCGGCCGGGUUCAAGAGACUGGUGAGCUCUGCUUUUGGGCAGGAUGUCCUGGCGGCGAAAUAUGAAGGGAUGAGAAGCGUCGGGGUUGACUUGAUCAAUCGAUGGGAAGGAAUGGUCGGUUCACAGGACGGUGCAGUAAUUAAGAUGCAGGAACAGUGUUUGGAAUUUUCUCUGAGGGUUACCGCGAAAGCUCUCCUCAGCGUCGAUGUGCCUAAAGAUUUAGAUUUUAAAGCAUUUCAAAAGAACUAUGACACUACGCUGGGUGGAUUAUUCGACAAACAAUUUGGCGUUUUGGAUGAUCUGCAUGAAGAAGAGUUCCAAGGUGCUAUCACUGCUUUCUGCGACACGCUAAAAAAGCUGAUCGACGAACGAAAGAGCGUCAUCAUUGAACGGAAAGAAAACGAGGCUGACGAUGACGUUAGAGAUUUUCUCGACAUUUUGUUGAGCGAGAAAGAUCCGGAAACCGGAAUGCCGUAUAGCGAUGAAAUGAUUAGGAAUUUCGUGAAUGGAUACCUGACCGCCGGGUAUCAUACCACUGGCGUCGCGAUUCCUUGGACCAUAUUCUCCUUGACCCAACAUCCUGAUAUUCAAACCAAACUUCAAGAGGAAAUCGAUAGGUGCCUGCAAGGUCGCCUGCCUACGCUCGACGACUUGUCGAAUAUGAAUUAUUUGACGCAAGUGGUAAAAGAAUCCUUGCGGGUUCAUCCACCGGGCUCAUUCUGUGCCCGGUUAAUUAAGUCUCCCACUAGCCUUCCAACAUCCACUGAUCCCAGUAAAGAAUUUCUCGUCGCGCCAGGCACCACGAUUAUCUUUCCGAUUCCACUAUACCACGAAAAUUCCAAUCAUUUCGUCAACCCACUAGACUUUGACCCUUCGCGUUUUUCCCAGGAAAAUAGUAAGAAUAUCAAACCAAACACCUGGUGCCCAUUUGGGUUCGGCGCGAGGCAUUGUCCGGGCGAUCGGUUGGCGAUGGUGGACAUAAAAAUGAUGUGUCAAAUCGUUGCCACCGAAAAUUCACCUGCAACCAUGAUGCUUCUUUCGUUGAAGUUACAAUCACGGAGGUUUAGAUCAUUCUUUAUAUCUCGACAUUACUCAUCACAAAAUGAUGAUAAUCCAGAAAUUGGUGAAGAUUGUCUGCCAACAUCCCCAAGGUGGUCGGUUAAUUCUCUGUUAUCGCCAAAUUCGAAAUCUCGUGGUGAAAAGGUUUCCACGGAAAUCACGGAGGAAGUGUUUAAGAAUCUAUUGAAAUUGUCGAACCUGAAAUUAUCCACGCCGGACGAACAGACAAAAUUAAUCAAUGACAUAAACACCUUGUGCAAUUUCGUGAGUCAUAUUAAGGAUGUAGAUGUUUCCGGAGUGAAGCCACUGAGAAAUCUUUGGCCUGAGGGCGUCGGGAUCGAAUUGAGAGAUGAUGAGGGGUUGAAGAGGGAGGAGAUCAAGAGUUCAGAUGGGGUGGAGAAAGGAAGAGAUUUGUUGAAACAUGCCAAAGUUUUAUACGGAGAUUUUUACAUCGUGAACAGUAAAGGCGGUGGUAAUCAAUAG